AUGGCCAGGAAGGGGCAGAAGCUUGCCUGUGCCUGGGGCAGGAUCUGCCUGCUGGUCUCUUUCCUCCUCCAGCUCCAGGGGUCCCAGGCGAAAUGUUAUUUCCAGGCGCAAGCUCCCUGUCACUAUGAAGGGAAGCAGUUCACCCUGGGGGAGUCCUGGCUCAGCACCACCUGCCUGCUCUGCACCUGCCUCCAUCCCGUUGGCGUGGGCUGCUGUGAGAUCACCCAGCACCCCAUCGAUUUUCCAGACUGGUGCAUGGCCCACUACGACUCGCAGACCUGCCAGAUUUCGGUGGUGCAGAAAGCCAACCCCAGCCUGCCUUGCGUCAACAGCCUGGAGCACGAGUGGGGCUCGGCCGGCACCCCGGAGCCAACGAUCAACAAGGUGCUAGAGACUCGGCUGAGCAGGUAGAGGCGGGGACGUGCCGCCUCCACCCCGGCCCAGUGCGAACCGCCACCGCCCUGACGCGUCUCUUGCAUGUUCCGUCCCUGCACCACGUCCCGUGGGACGCCGCUGCAGCCGCCUUCCAGGGAAACCACUCGCCGCCCACUACUGGAAUCUCUAAGUUAAUAUUUACAACCUAGCACUGCCUUGCCCCGGCUUUGCCUUUGCCUUCAGCUUCCUGAACCAAAGCAGGGCUCCCCCCCCGCGCCCCAGCGCAGGCUCCACACACACGAAGGGAGGUCCCGGCAGAGACGGGGGGGGGGGGGGCGAGCCCCUUGCUCCCUUUUUCAAACCCCAGCCAAAACACCUCUGAGGAAGGCCUGGGAAGCAGGGGAUGCUUGUCUGAGUGCCCUGGAUCUGUGAGCUCAGCCAGUGCAAUAGCCUCAAUGCUCUGUGGGCACCAAGCAGAGCAAGGAGGAGUCCGCGAUGCCUUCCUGGGGGCUGGGCUGGGCAGCCGAGCUGGGCUCCCUCCAGGCACACAGCCCUGCAGGGAGCAGGCAUGCCGAUUUCUGGCUGCUGAGGUGGUGGAGAGCUGCUUUUCUAAUAUCUCCCCGUAGAAAGGAUCGAAUUUGCACAGCACUGUGGCAGCCUCCGUCUCUCCCUGCAUCACCUAGGAACUGCACCCUGGGCCUCCCCCUGCCGCAGGCCAGCAGCCCCAGUGCAGGGCAGU